UAUUAACACACUUGACAGUUUUGUAUCGCAAUUUUUUCAUUUUUUUCAACGCGCUCCUUUAAUUCGCGCUAAAUCGGUAAAAACCCUUAAACCCUAAACCCUCGAAUCGUCUGCGACCUCCUUGCACCAGUCCCCUCUCUCACUCCUUUCUGUUUUCUCAAGUUCAGAGCUGUUUUCAUGGCAACUCUAGCAAGCAGGAGCAACCCUCUCCUCACAUCCAUACCAGCCUAUCUCACUUGGAGAAGGUUUGGGUUCCGUAGCAUCUGUAGUGGCCGUCUUGGAUUCCUCUCUUCGUCUCCUACCGACGCAGAAACCCCCUCUGCCGGCACGAAAUUACUAGAAACGUUUAAAGAGGAGUUUGAGAUCGGUUCGCACUUAAUUACUUUCGAAACUGGGAAGAUUGCUCGAUUCGCUAAUGGUGCUGUUGUCAUGGCAAUGGACAAAACCAAGGUCCUUUCCACCGUUGCCUCAUCCAAGGGAGACAAUGUUAAGGAUUUCUUGCCCCUCACGGUUGAAUAUCAAGAAAAACAAUUUGCCCAGGGGCUGAUUCCUCAUACAUUCAUGCGGAGGGAGGGUGCUCCGCAGGAACGUGAACUUCUGUGUGGUCGUCUCAUAGAUCGACCAAUACGACCUUUGUUUCCUGCUGGAUUCUACAAUGAUGUUCAGGUAAUGGCAAGUGUUCUUUGUUCUGAUGGGAAGCAAGAUCCAGAUGUAAUGGCAGCUAAUGCCACAUCUGCUGCUCUUAUGUUAUCAGAUAUUCCUUGGGGUGGUCCCAUUGGAGUGAUACGUAUAGGAAGGGUAUGCGGGGAAUUUAUUGUUAAUCCAAGCAUGGAUGAGCUUAACUUAAGUGAUCUCAACUUGGUUUAUGCCUGCACACGAGAUAAAACUUUGAUGAUAGAUGUACAAGCCCGGGAAAUCACAGAGAGAGAUCUAGAAGCAGCAUUGCGACUAGCACAUCCUGAGGCAGUAAAAUACCUUGAACCUCAAAUCCGAUUGGCUGCAAAAGCGGGAAAGCACAAGAGGGAUUAUAAAGUAUUCCUUGUCUCAGAUAUGACACUGCAGAAAGUCAAGGACUUUUCAGAGGCACCUAUAGAAGCUGUUUUUACAGAUCCCACGUAUGGCAAGUUUGAACGUGGAGAAGCCUUGGAUAAAAUUACACAAGAUGUAAAGAGAAUACUUGAGGAAGAAUGUGACGAAGACAGCUUAAAAGUUCUACCAAAGGCAGUUGAUGCAGUUAGGAAAAAGGUUGUUCGUAGAAGGAUUAUUGAAGAAGGGAUUAGAGUUGAUGGGAGACGCCUUGACAAAGUUAGGCCAUUAUACUGUGAAGCUGGUCAUCUGCCAAUGUUGCAUGGAUCAUCACUUUUUUCACGUGGAGAUACUCAGGUAUUGUGCACUGUUACACUUGGAGCACCGGAAGAUGCACAACGGUUGGUUUCCUUGGUGGGUCCUCCAACAAAGCGCUUCAUGCUUCACUAUAGUUUCCCACCAUUUUCAAUUAAUGAAGUUGGUAAACGUGUUGGCUUGAAUAGACGUGAAGUAGGACAUGGAACCCUUGCGGAGAAAGCAUUGCUUGCUGUUUUACCUCCUGAAGAUGAUUUCCCAUAUACUGUUCGUGUCAAUUCUGAGGUCAUGGCUUCUGAUGGCUCCACCUCAAUGGCAACUGUCUGUGGAGGGAGUAUGGCUUUGAUGGAUGCUGGUAUUCCAUUACGAGAACAUGUUGCAGGCGUUUCAGUGGGUCUUGUUAGUGAGGUUGACCCAUCUACUGGUGAGAUUAAGGAUUAUCGUAUACUAACGGAUAUUUUGGGUCUGGAAGAUCAUCUGGGAGACAUGGACUUCAAAAUUGCAGGCACAAGGAAAGGAAUAACAGCAAUUCAGUUGGAUAUUAAACCUGCUGGAAUACCCUUGGAUAUCAUCUGUGAGAGCUUAGAAGCUGCACGCAAGGGACGCCUUCAAAUCCUUGAACACAUGGAGCGAGAAAUAAAUGCACCCCGUACUCAAGAUGAUAGGAACUCUCCCAGAUUAGCUACACUGAAGUUCAGCAAUGAUUCAAUCCGGCGCUUUCUUGGGCCUCAAGGUGUUCAAAAGAGAAAGAUUGAACAAGAAACAGGUGCAAAGAUUUCUGUGAGUGAUGGAACACUAACCAUACUUGCUAAGAAUCAAGCUGUCAUGGAAAAGGCACAAGAAAAGAUUGAUUUUAUCAUUGGACGUGAGAUUGAAGUCGGAGGAAUUUACAAAGGUGUUGUGUCCUCCAUCAAAGAAUAUGGUGCUUUUGUGGAGUUUAAUGGUGGCCAACAAGGGCUCUUGCAUAUCUCUGAAUUGUCACAUGAGCAGGUCUCUCGUGUUUCUGAUGUAGUAUCUGUAGGCCAACAGCUGUCACUUAUGUGCAUUGGGCAGGAUGUGCGGGGUAAUAUUAAAUUAUCUCUUAAAGCCAUUAAACCCCAACCUGAAUCUGAUAUGAAGACUUCCCCCAAGGAAUCUGCCCCCUCUUCAAAGCAAACAUCUAAUGUUUGGGCACCAUUAGAAGGCAUGCCUAGCUGCCAAGAAAUCCAGAAUUCUACUGCAGAAGAGAUUCCGGUCAACAAAGAUGAGAUUAGAGAAGAAAAUUGCACCUCUCUCUCUCCACCAUCAAUUCUAAUUAGGAGUGCAGCAGAUUGUGAUGAAGAGGAAAGAUCUGGGUUUAAUCAGAAAUUCCCCCUGAAAAAUGGGAUGACUACUUCUAGACUCGUAAGUAAUUUGGAAAAGGAUCAUCAGUCAAAACCAUUUCCACCUCUCCAAAAUGGCAAAUCACCUGUUUCACUUUUCUCUAGUCUUUUUUCCCAAAGAAACGUCAAGUCAGAACAUGCCAAACAAAAACAGGCAGGGACAGAGUCUGAUCGUACUCAUGCACCAGUGCAAAAAAAUGUAUCUAAGGAGGCUGUUGACACUGCUCGUAAGACAGCAAAAACAAUAAAGCUCAGUGACAAAUUUACUGCCAAGGUUUAUCAGAUACGUGUCCAUGGGUUAGUCCUUGACUUGGGUGGUGGAAUCCGUGGAAUGUAUAAAUUUGAGGAAAAUGGCAAGAAGAAUUACAAGGUUGGUGAGGAAUUGCGAGUUCAGUGUUCAAGUUUCUCUACAAAGGGAAUUCCAGUGAUGUCUUUAUUGGUAGAUGAAUAAUAGACCUUUUGAAAUUUGAAUAUUGCUUCAUGGAUGGUAUUCGACAAGAGAAAACCAGUGGAUAAGAGCCUCAUGGUUUGCUGAGUUGCCAAUCGGUGGCAGAAAUUUUGCAGAUAAUUGGCGGAGUUCAAGCUUGUACAUAUUCAUAGAUCUUCAUCAAAUAAAUUGGGGUUUUGUUAGUUUCUCUUUCCCCUGUUCUUUGAAGAAAAUAUAUCUUGAUACAGUUGGUAGCUUUGCUAGAUUUUCUAGCUCCUUAUUCUCAAAAAUAUUUUUCUAGCAAGUUUGAAACGGCAAGGAACUUGUUUGCCUUGCUCGGUUGUCAUGUAGGUUUGUUGUACAUUUUGCUUCUAAUUGAUAAUUAAUGAAUUAUCAAUGAGUCUUUGGCUUGGGGGUGCAGUUUCCUUCCAUUACUUUACACAAUCGUUUCAGUGUUUAUUUUGGAUUCAACUUGUAAGAGUGAUAACGGUAUUUUCUUGAACCUUUGGGAAUUUGGUGUUAGCCAUUUACCCUAACAUUUGUUAUGUGAUGCUAUAAAUGUUUUUUUUU